UUCGUCCUCCAUCAUGCGACUCAUCCUAAUUAGUUCAAUUCGAUCAUUUUCGGUGCGCUCGUACCUGCUCGUACAUCUGAAACGUCGCCAGGUACCUUGCGUAUGUCCGAACAGGCCCUGUGACAGUGUGACAGCGCCCAACGGCUGUGGUACCAAAGGAUAAUAUUUAAGAAGGUGCUAACAUCAUGAUCAUGACUCGCUCUCGCCCAGAAGGACGCGUCAAACAUCAUCCGAUCCAUCAUGUCGUCUAGUUGGACACCAGACGAAUCGUCUGGAACGCUUCUCGCAGAGAAAGGUUGGUUGCAGGGUACAGUGGUCAGCGCCGUUGCAUAUGGCAUUGACGUCGCACUGUACUCCAUGUGCUUCCACCUCCUUUUCCGGCAGAUGAACCGCAUGAACUACAAAAAGCACCUACCUCUACUCUUAUACAUCACCACAACUUUCAUCCUCAGCACCUUAUUUAUGGCAGCGCUGGCCGAUUUCACGCAACUCGCAUUCAUUCAAUAUCGCGAUUAUCCGGGUGGUCCGAACGCAUUUGAGAAUGAAAUGUUCGGCAUUCCUGUGGACAAUCUUGGAAACGUCUGUGGUUUUCUAACGAUGAUGCUUUCAGAUGGAUUGGUCGUUUGGCGCUGCAUGGUAAUUUACAGAGGGUGUAUGGUGCCAAUGUGGAUCAUCAUGCUAUUCCCUGGUUUGAUGUUCGCUGCAUCCACCGCCCUCUCACUUGCACUGAACAUCAUCAUUACGAUCGUUAUUGUACUUCGUCUGCUCACAUAUCGUCAUCGCAUCUCCAAAGUUCUUGGCUCUAGCUACGGCGCUCAAUACACGUCAAUUGCCGCGAUGAUCGUUGAAUCCGCCGCUCUGUAUUCCGCGUUUUCAGUGGCAUUUCUAGCUCUCUUCCUUCUAAACAAUCCUAUCUCGGCGACAUUUCUUCAGUCGCUCACUCAGGUUCAGAUAAUUGCAAUGUUGCUCAUAGUUUUCCGAGUCGCACAAGGAAAGGGUUGGUCUCAGGACACCAUGUCUAGGGUCAUGACCUCGAGGCCAUCAGUGCAAGCAAUCCGCAUGGGUGACCUCGGGUACGGUUUGCGGGACGGCUCCAAAACGUUCACCAGUUCCAAUGGCUUUAAAAAGACUACCGACUGUGAUUCAGUGGAAGCACCGGCAAUUGUGUGAGCAAGGCCACUUGGAUACCUACUGAGGUAGUAGUUGUAUAAUGCUGCGGUUCAAAAUCUUUUUAAAAUUUUAUUUAGUAUACUAUGGACCUCAGGAUUCGAUUGUCUGUACUCCACGAUUGCUUUGAAAAUAACGCAUUCAGUGGAACCUGUAGUCAUCCAAUGCGAAAUAUUCAUAUCGACCGCAUAGAAGAUGGCGUAUCAGUACUUCAGUGUCCGACUAGUAGUACUG